AUGCCGAGGACCUUCCGCCCGGGUUACUUACAGCUGCUGAGGAAAAAAGAGUUGGAAAUGGGCUUUACACAUGCCGAGAAUGUGGAAUACUCGGGAAUUGAAGACAAGGAGAGCGAUGAAGACGACGGGAAGACAAAGCGAGUUAGCCUUCAUGGCGUCGCGUAUGUCCGCUUCCCGGAGCAGGUCGACGUUGAUUUGAGUGAGGAGGUGAAAAAGAAAUUGAGACACAUGGAUGACUACUUUUCAGAAGGCCACAAGAGCUACGAACUGCUUCUGAGUCUCACUGACCCAUAUUUCGCGCACAAGAGGCAUUGCAUACAACCGCAGACAGGUGGACCCGAAGCGGUCGGUUUGCGCCAGGUGUACUGGGAUGAGCGCUUUAGGCCGCCUGAAGCCGAAGAUGGAGAACAAUGGGCUGUCCUGCGAAACCUUUCUCGGCGCGAAUAUUUGCAUGGCAAGGCGAUCCAGGAGCUCAAUGAUCGCGAUCAUCGACACGAACGCCAAUGGACUGUGAGAGAUCUCGAGUCGGUCGGGUUCGGCGAGGUGCUCUGCUUGCGCUCGUUCUGGUCGCAGACCGAAGAGGGAUCACCUUACAGCUGGGACUAUUCCCGUGGUGUCUGGGUUGGGAAUCAGUUCGACAUCGUGCUGGAGCAGGAUUUGAAAAAGGCAAUGGAAAAGGAACAGUGGAAGGGUGUGAGCGAGGGAGCGUUAGCGGAGGUGCUUAAGGUAUGCCAGAAAAAGCAGAUAUGA